AUGUCCAUUGAGCACGAAACACGAUGCAAAGUGCCUUGGGCCUACCGGGUGGGACUCUCGCAGCAGCCGUGCAUUACCUCCUGGGACGGAGACUACUGGGACACAGACCAACAAGCAGCCAACAUACCUUGGGGCAUACCAGAACCCUCGAUGGGCCGCAAGUCACAAAAACUGGCUCCGGCCGCUGCUGCUUCAAAUCACGAUAUCGGCCAGAUGCUGACCUUGAUGCCCCACAUGCGGGAGCCUUCACCCCCCCGGCAGGAGACUACAACUGACCCGGUGGUGGAAAAGGUGCCUGGGAAUGGAGCUUAUGCUACACCCGAAACUGAACCACCUGUGACAAAGCGGGACAUCCAUGAUCUCCUGGCACACUUCCAGGACAUGUUCUUUGCAGAACUCAACCUGGUUAAAGCAGAAAUGCAAGCUAUCAUGGAACGCCUUCGAGUAUCUGAGGAGGACUCUGCUGACAUAAAGCAAAACAUGACCACCCAAGGGGAAUCUAUAAAGCAGCUACAAACCUCCCAUUCCCAAAUAGCAGCCAGAAUGGAUGCACUGGAAGACAAAAGCAGACAAAAUAACAUCAAGAUAAGAGGAGUAGAGGACACCGUACCAGCAGAAGAACAACCUCACCUCAUCAGGCAACGCACCGCAGCCAUCCUCCCAACCAAGCACGCUAAACAGUUCACCUAUGACGGACUAUACUGCAUCACAACACCCUCGCAAAUGCCAAACACCCAGCCUAGGGACAUUAUACUCUGCUGUCGAUCCUUUGCGGAUAAACAACAAUUACUGCAGGCACUGCGGGGGAAAACCCCAUUCCAAUUCUAG